AUGGCCUCUUCCAAAGUCUAUGCCAUCACCGGUGGUGCCUCCGGCAUGGGUGCAGCGACCGCACGCCUGCUAGCAGAGCGAGGCGCCAGCGCUAUUUGCAUCGCCGACAUCGUGGAUAAGCACUUCACCGAACUGACAGCCUCAAUCAACCAGCUUAACCCAUCCACCAAGGUCCGAUGUCAAAUCGUUGACGUGAGCUCCUCCGAGUCCGUCGACGACUGGAUACAGGACAUUAUCACAACCUUCGGAGACCUGCACGGCGUUGCUAACGUGGCAGGGCUUCCCCAGCCCAUCGGCGCGCGGGGCGUCCCCGCGAUUGUGGAAGAAACGGACAGCGCUUGGGAUGGGAUCCUCAGUGUCAAUCUGAACGGUGUCUUCUACUGCACCAGGGCCGCCGUUCGAGCGAUGAAGGAGCUCCCCUCUGCCUCGGAUCGCGCAAUCGUCAAUGUAGCUAGCAUGGCUUCGCUGCAGCAUAAUCCUGACGCUUACGCCUACCGAACCUCGAAGGCAGGCUGCGCUCAUUUGACACAGAGCGUGGCGAAGGAUACCAUAGGCCUCGGAAUUCGUCUAAACUGCGUUUCCCCUGGUGUGACAAACACCCCGAUGCUCAACAAGUUUUUUGAUGUAUCAGACGACGUCAAGAAAGAUUACCUCAGAAGUGGAUGGACUUCAAUGCAGCCAGAGGAUGUGGCUCGAGUGAUUGUCUGGCUCUUGAGCGAGGAUUCAAAGUGCGUUUUUGGCGCGAAUAUCAACGUUGGCGCUGCAGUACCCUAG